AUGGCCGACGGGCAGCCUAUUCAGGCGGCAUCAGAGGAAGUGGAUUCAAUCCACUUCAGCUUCUAUAGUGAUGAUGAGAUUAAGAGGAUCAGUAUUAAAAAGAUCACCAAGUCGGAGCGCCUUGAUGCCAAAAACCUUCCUGUGCCAGGUGGAUUACUGGACCCUGCAAUGGGACCUAUCAAUGAUACUGAUACCUGCAAGAGUUGUGGUCAGCAUUCUGUUCGUUGCCCUGGUCACUUUGGUCAUAUUGAGUUGGCAAAACCAUUGUUCAAUCCUUUGCUGUUUAUGAGUCUGAAAAACCUUCUCCAUGUCACAUGCUUCCAUUGUCACAAGUUCCGCUUGAACAAGGAACAGGUUGACAGAUAUGUGAAUGAACUUGAACUUUUAGUAAAGGGUGAUAUUGUCCGUGCUAAAAAUUUGGAAGACUCAGUUAAAGAAGCAUAUCUUUCUGAGGAAGAUGAAGGCAUUACCAAGACCGCUUCAGGCGAUAAAUCAUCUCCUGUGAAAGACAAGAAAACCUGGACAUCGAUCCAAUUGAAAGAGGUUUUGUCUAUUUUUUCCAAGAUAAUGAAAAAGAGACAGAAGAAGUGUGCAAAAUGUGACAUGAAGAGCCCAACAAUCUCAAGUCCUAUAUUUGGUUGGCUGGUCAAGGACACAAGCGCUUCUGCUGUAAGAGCAAAUGCAAUUGCUGGUUUUAAACUCAAGGGAGAUGGUGAUGCUCACAACUCAGGGGAAACGGGGGUUUCUGGUCUUGACGAAGAGCCAACUUCACCUGGAAUGGUGUCCAAAGGAUCAAUCAAUGAAGUUAGACGCCUUUCUGAUGAUACAAUUAAAGAGAUGGUAGCAUCAUCAGGAAAGAAGCAUCUAUUGCCUACAGAGGUUGAAUCUAUUCUCAAGGACUUGUGGAAAAAUGAAGCCAGGUUCUGCAUGUUACUUUGUGACUUCCAGAAGAAUACGUUAAGUGAACCAGAAAAGAGAAGGGGCUAUGAAAUGUUUUUCUUGAAUAGUCUCCUUGUGGCACCAAAUAGAUUCCGCCCAUCAACUAGCUCUAGUCUUGGAAUUAUGGAACAUCCUCAAAGUGUUCUGCUAAGUAAAGUGCAAGAAGCCAAUCUUGUGCUACAGCAUAACAAUGCAUGUUCUAACCAUAUGGAUGUUCUUCGAAGAUGGAUGGAUCUACAACGGAAUGUAAAUGUGUUAUAUGAUAGUAGCAGAGGCCUUGUAAGAAGCGAGAAGAAUGCUCAUGGUAUACGACAACUAUUGGAAAAGAAAGAAGGAAUUCUUCGACAGAAGAUGAUGGGGAAGAGGGUUAAUUAUGCAUGCCGAUCUGUUAUAUCUCCAGAUCCGUACUUGGCUGUUAAUGAAAUUGGCAUUCCUCCUGUUUUUGCGACACGGUUGACAUAUCCUGAGAAAGUAACACCCUGGAAUACCAAAAAACUCCAAGAAGCUAUAAGGAAUGGUGCUGAUAUCCAUCCAGGUGCAACACAUUACAGGGACAACAAUAGCAUGUAUAAGUUACAGGCAGUCCCUGCCAAACGCCGUUCCAUUGCUAAGAUGCUACCUGCAUCCAGAGGAUCAAUUUGUCAGCCAGGGAGAGAUCCUAAUUGUGAAUUUGAAAGCAAGGUUGUAUAUCGGCAUCUUCAAGAUGGUGACAUUGUACUUGUCAAUAGGCAGCCUACUCUUCACAAGCCCAGCAUGAUGGCUCAUUUUGUUCGUGUGUUACCUGGAGAAAAGACGUUACGAAUGCACUAUGCCAAUUGCAGCACCUACAAUGCUGAUUUUGACGGAGAUGAGAUGAAUGUGCACUUUCCACAAGAUGAAAUAUCCCGUGCUGAGGCCAUGAAUAUUGUUGAUGCAAACAAGCAAUACAUUGGUCCUAGGAGUGGGGAUGCUGUCAGAGGGCUCAUACAGGACCACAUUGUUGGUGCUGUACUACUGACAAAACCAGACACAUUUCUAAGCCGUGAAGAAUAUAGUCAGCUUGUCUUUGGGUCUUGUGUGCCAUCCUCAAAUCGUGGCUCUCGUCACCCUGGUAAAAAGGUGUCUGCUAUUGAGGAUUAUGGUACACUCGAACUUGUCCAUCCUGCUAUUUGGAAGCCAAAGCCCUUAUGGACAGGAAAACAGGUUAUAACAACAAUCUUGAAUCAUUUAACAAAAGGUCGUCCUCCAUUUACUGUGGAGCAGAAGGGAAAAAUACCAAAAGAAUAUCUAAAAGAACAAGAUCCUUCUGCUCAAAAAGAAAAAGAAGAUCCUCCUGCUCAAAAAGGAAAAGAAGAUCCUCCUGCUCAAAAAGAAAAAGAAGAUCCUUCCACUCAAAAAGAAAAAGAAGAUUCUUCGGCUCGAAAAGGAGAUCGUUCUGCUCAAAAAGAAAAACAAGAAGAUCCUUCUGCUCAAGAAGAAACACAAGAAGAUCCUUCUGCUCAAAAAGAAAAAGAUCCUUCCGCUCAAAAAGAAAAAGAAGAUCCUUCAGUUAAAAAAGAAAAAGAAAAGCAAAAGAGAAUACAGAAACUAAAACAGAAGCAAAAGCAAGAUGAUCGUUCUGAACUGGUCUUAUAUAUUCAUGAUAAUGAGCUCAUAAAGGGCAUAGUAGAUAAGGCCCAGUUUGGGAAGUAUGGGAUAGUUCAUACAGUUCAUGAACUCUAUGGUGCGGAUACAGCUGGGAUACUGCUCUCGACAUUCAGCCGCUUAUUUACACUUUUCUUGCAGUCGCAUGGGUUUACUUGUGGGAUAGAUGACCUGCUACUAUUGCAAAAGGCGGAUAAACUGAGAAGUGACAUUCUUAGUGGAAGCGAAAAGUGUAGCGAAGAAGUCCACCUGAAAUUUACUGGAGCUGGAGAGGAUCUUAAAGGUGAUCUGGUAAAAUUGCAUAUGGAGGUGGAGAAGGCUGUAAGAAGUAACGGUGAAUCGGACACGGCUACCUUGGACAAUCAUAUGAAAAAUGCUCUAAGUGCAAUAACAACCGAAGUCAAUAAAAAAUUAUUUCCAGAUGGUCUACAAAAGCCCUUUCCUGGAAAUUGUCUCUCUCUUAUGACUACAACUGGAGCCAAAGGUGGCCCGGUUAACAUGAAUCAAAUAUCAUCAUUGCUAGGCCAGCAAGAGUUAGAAGGAAAGCGUGUUCCACGGAUGGUUUCUGGGAAGACUUUACCGUGCUUUCCGCCGUGGGAUAUUUCUUCAAGAGCUGGUGGUUUCAUCAGUGAUCGAUUUUUAACUGGUCUGCGCCCUCAAGAGUAUUACUUUCACUGUAUGGCAGGCAGAGAGGGGUUGGUUGACACAGCAGUCAAAACAUCCCGUAGUGGAUACCUUCAGCGUUGUCUUAUGAAAUGUUUGGAAUCGUUGAAAGUCUCCUAUGAUCACACAGUUCGGGAUGUCGAUGGAUCAAUUGUACAGUUCCAAUAUGGAGAAGAUGCAGUUGAUGUUCUGAAAACUAGCUUUCUCAACGAGUUCAAAGAACUUGCUGAUAACAGAAAAGCUGUCCUUGCCAAGCUCGGUGGACACAGUAUGAAGCCCACAUAUAAUGAAUACAUUGAUGAACUGCCAGUUAAAUUGAAUGAUAAAGCGGAAGAGUUUCUUAAGCGUUCAAAGGAAUUUCAACGCUGUCGUUACAACAUUGAGGCAGAGGAAUUAAAGGAGUUACUGAAAGUCAAGUUCCUAUCUAGUCUUGUAGAUCCUGGUGAGGCUGUUGGUGUGGUUGCUGCUCAGUCAAUAGGAGAACCUUCUACGCAGAUGACGCUCAACACUUUUCAUCUUGCUGGAAGGGGUGACUUGAAUGUAACUCUUGGUAUACCUCGGUUGAAAGAAAUACUGAUGACUGCAUCAGCUAAUAUUAGGACGCCUGUUAUGAAGUGUCCUUUGCUUGAACAUAUUUCUAUGGAUGAUGCUAAAAUGGUGGCUGCAAAGCUUACGAGGGUUUGUGUGGCUGAUAUAGUGGAGAAAAUUGAAGUGUGCACAGUUCCUUUUUACAACUAUAAUGGGCAUGUUUCAACCCUAUACAAAUUACAGAUGAAACUCUAUCCAGAAGACCAGCUUGAGUCAGGCCUUACUGUAGAUGAGUGUCAGACGACCUUGAGAACAGUUUUUGUUGAUGCAAUGGAACAUGCAAUUGAAAAGCAUUUAGAUCUGCUACACAAAAUAAAUGAGAUCCGUGCUGUUAAGGUAAAAGAUACAGAGGGCUCAUUAUCAGAUGGUGGUGAAGAAUCUGAAAGUAGACAUGCUGAUGGAGGAGACACUGGUACAAGUGAUGAUGAUGAUCAAAAUGAUAAUGAUGAUGACUUGGGAACUGAUGCAGAAAAGAUGAAACGGCAAGAGAAAGAUGAGAUGGAGUAUGAUGAUGAUACUGAAAACGAGGAGGGAAUGGGUAGCGAAUCUGAGGAGAGCGAUGAUGAUCCAGCUGAGUCAGGUGAUGAGUCACAAGAGGCUGACAAAGAACACGAAAUCUCAAAGUCUAAGAUGACUUCAGUGGAUGACCUGUCAUAUUCUGCUAAAAAGGGGAAAAAAUCAAAAGAUAAUCAUGGAACAGCUAAACUAGAAGAGAAAAAUCAAAAUGAGGGAAGAUUAGAUGACCAGAAACAGGGUCAAAUAACGAAGCGCAGGAAAAAGCUAAAACGUACUAUCCAUGUUGAAUCCAAUGAUUUGGAUUUUGAGAUUCACUAUGCCUUUCAUGAUGAACCUCAUAUUUUACUAGCUCAGAUUGCCAAGAAGAUAGCUAGGACUAUUUUUGUGAAGGCCUGCAAUAACAUUGAUCGUUGUAAGAUUGUCAAGCCAAAGGAUGACCAUGCCCGUAUAGAGACGGCCGGAGUGAACUUUGAAGUGAUCUGGAACCUCAACGAAUACAUCAGCAUGCGUGACAUCACGUCAAAUGACAUCCAUGCGAUACUGAAGACAUAUGGGGUGGAGGCCGCACGGAAAACCAUCAUCAGUGAAGUGAGCGGCGUGUUUAAACCCUACGGCAUCGAUGUUGACAUGAGGCACCUGAGCAUGAUCGCGGACUUCAUGACCUUAGAUGGCGGAUACCGGCCUAUGAACAGGAUGGGGAUUGGCCAGUUCAGCACCUCGCCGUUUGGCAAGAUGACGUUCGAGACAGCAACCAAGUUCAUUGUGGAGGCAGCCACACAUGGGGAGGCAGACUUUCUGGAGUGCCCCUCAGCGAGUGUCUGCCUCGGGAAGCCCCCAAAGGUUGGGACCGGGAUCUUUGGGCUACUGCAGAAUCUUGAAUUGGAGCAGCCCAUGGAAACCUAA